ACGGAUAACUCCCAAGAAAUGUACGUACGCGUCAAGCGUGAGAAGUCUACCAUGUUCAUCGGUUGCUUACCGACAGAUACAAUAGAUUUUAUCUCGGAAGAUGUGGCGAUGAUAAUGAAGAAGAAUAUGGGCGAUUUCGUGCUGAUGAAGACAACGGGGAACGAUCAGAAGUACACAGUGGUUUCAGGUGCCUUAGAUAGAGACAGGACCCUGGAAGAACUGGGCAUCAAGCAAGAUGAUGUUCUUGCGUGCGUUUACAAAUUAGAAGGUGUCGUUGAAGACUUCUCAAAUUUAAUAGUCCCGGUGUCUGUGCCGCCGAAAAUGACGCCCGAGGGUGACUCUCAAUAUUCCCAGAAAUAA